AUGGCUUCUCCAGGAAAAGUUGCGAUUAAGACUGACUAUGACGGUUUACAAAAUGUCGCGGACUUCAUCAAGCAACGAAUCAAAUGUUCGCCUAUCAUUGGUCUUGUGGCCGGUUCUGGAUUGGGUCAUAUUGCCAAGGACAUCACAGAUGCAGUCACGCUGAAGUACGCUGAAAUCCCCGGAUUUCCAGUAUCUACAGCGAUCGGUCAUGAGGGUAACUUGGUAUGCGGUCUUCUCUCUGGUCGACCUGUGGUGUGCAUGCAAGGUCGGCUUCACACAUACGAAGGUUAUACGCCAGCUGAGUGUGCUGCUCCAAUCAGGGUGAUGCACUUGCUCGGUGUGAAAUUUUUGAUAGUUACAAACGCUUCCGGAGGUCUCAACCCUGAUUACCAGCCAGGGGACAUUCUACUACUGAAAGAUCAUGUUUGUCUGCCUGCUUUAACUGGUCUAAACCCGUUGAUUGGUCCAAACGAUGACAGGCAAGUGUUUGAGAUCUGUAUACGUCUUCUCUACACUCGCGCUACUAAACAGUUUGGUACGAGGUUUCCAGCUAUGGACAAUUGUUACGAUGUCGGCUUAGCAGUCGUUGUUAAGAAUGCUGCGGAAAAAUUGGGCUUAAAAGGGAAGCUGCGCGAAGGGGUCUACGCGAUGAUCUCUGGUCCCGCGUACGCGACCAAAACCGAAAGCGCUCUUUUACGUACACUUGGUGGGGAUGCAAUUGGCAUGAGCAACUGUUGGGAAGUGAUGAUAGCCCGUCACUGCGGAAUGAAGAUCAUGUCGUUGUGCGUCAUCACUGACAUGUAA